CAACUCGAAUUGUGCGUCAAAGUGGGAAGGUCACAUCUUGGUUUGGCUGUCGUAUAAAAAGAUUACUGCUGCCGGGCAAUCGACAACAGUUCUCGCAAGAAGCUCAAUCCGAACACUCAGUCUCUCCCAUCAGUCAAUACAGACCAAACUUAUUUCCAAAAUGUUCAAGUUGGUGGUAUUGUCUGCUCUGCUCGCCGUAGCCGCUGCCCGUCCCGGUCACCUGCUGGAGUCCUCCCCGCUGGUCUAUGCCGCCCCGGCCACGACCAUCGUCCAGGAGCCCGUUCUGGCCAAAGUUGGAGCCGUGGUGAAGAGCGUGCCCACUGCCGUGAGCCACCAGAGCCAGUCGGUGGUGCACAGCUCGGCGCAUAUCGUGGAGGAUGUCGUGGCUCCUGUGGUUAAGUCCACCCCAGUGGUCAGCUAUGCCGCUGCCGCUCCUGUGGUCCACACCAGCUAUGCUGCCGCUGCUCCCGUUGUCCACUCCACCUAUGCCGCCGCCGCUCCCGUUGUCCACUCUACCUAUGCCGCUGCUGCUCCCGUCUUGGCCAGCACCUAUGCCGCCGUGGCUCCCGUCGCUCAUGUGGCUGCCUCCUCGCCGCUGACCUACACCGCCACCGGUGUGUGGUAGAGCGUUUCCAGUACGACUCCCAGUCCUAAUCCCACUCCUACAACCCCUGCCAGGUGACCAGGAUGCAUCGCUGGACGGUUUUGUGAUACGAAUUUUAAAUAAAUACAUGUUUUGCCUCGAAAACUUUGCAAAG